AUGCCGUCUGCAUCAGCAGUGGGUUAUGAAGCCAAUUUUGACAUGUGCUGGGGAGAUUCGCCAUUGGGCGGAGGUGAUGUCCUUCGCACCAGUGGGACCACCGCACCAGCGAUGAACUCGGUCAACUCAGCUGCUAACACACAGCAGUCGCCUGAGAGUCACUCCACUGGCACUCAGGCUUUCUAUGACAUUGUUAUGACCAACGUCCCUUAA